ACGGUUUUGAAUUGCACAUAAGUAAGCAGAUACAUCUUUACCGUUACUAGUGAUUUAGAGUACUUCAAACUGUGCGAAGCUUUCUUGUUUUAUUGAGUUAAGUCAGAUUGAAAAGAAGGUGCAACACCACAAAUGGCAGAUUCUGAUUCCGAACUUAAGGCAUACAGAAUGAUAGUAUGCCUUGUAAAACAGGACGCCCAAACCACGAAGAAGCCAAGCCCGACUACUGCACCUAAGCCUACCGCUAAGCCGAAGCCAACGGCCAAACCGAAACCAAUUACUGGACCCAAGCAGACAGCUAAGCCUAAACCGACAGCUAAGCACAAGCUGACUGCUAAAGCCAAGCCAACAGCUAAGCCCAAGCCGACUGCUAAGGCCAAACCAACUGCUAAACCUAAACCAUCGGCCAAACCGAAGCCAACCGCACCGCCCAAGCCCACAGCCAAGCCCAAGCCAACGACCAGAGUUGCCGUUCGAUCACUAGUUCGCGAGCGAUUGAUCUCGAUCUCGAUAAAAAAAAAAUUGGAUCGUUUUGAUCGUUUCGAUUGAUCAAAAAUGAAAUGAUCGAUCGAUGAUCGAAAUCGAUCGAAUCGAUCGCGUUAAAUUUUUAUUAUUGUAUUUCUGUUUGAAUCUUUCCAGCAAUUACACAGCAAUAAACAGCAUUUUUUAGUGGGGUUA